GUAUAGCUGACUUGAGGCAGUAUUAAAUGACAAAUCCAUGUACAGCAGAGAUAAUCAAAGCAACCGAAUCCAAAAAAAGGGCUCUUAACCAAUGGAAAAAGACUAUAACACAAAAAAAUACAGUUAAGAGUCUCGUAUGAAAAUCACUUCUAGGUGUUUAUCAAACAUCCUGGGAGGAUUAUGCUGGUUUGCUCAAAGAUGGCCCAACUGCGCUUGCUGGUAAUAUAAAAAAUGAUACGUUUAGAACGUUCUCGACAGAUACAAAGUUUACUGGAAAUGUCAGAGAAGAUUUGUUGAUUAGAAUGUUAAAUACGUUUGUCAGGGUGAAUAAUGGUAAUUUUUCAUGAUACAAAUUGUAUUUAGCGUUUAACCAACUUUAAUUUCUGCUGUAGAAAACAAUUCUCAUGCUACUAUGGUUUGCAAUCAACUAAAUGUUUAUUGGAUAGAGAGUCUGACGUACGUUCAAAGUAUGAAUGUUUUGGCAGGACUUUUUUUGUUAGCUUUGUCUGGAGUGGAAGCAUUUUACAGCUUUUCCACUUUCAUCUUUAAAUGGUGCUCUCUUUAUGUUCAACCAACCAUGAGAGGUGUUCACUGUGGGCUUAGGGUAAUUUUGAAAAUUUUGAUUCGUAGAUAUGAGUAACUACAUUGAAUUUUUCUUCAGCUUUGUAAUGGGAUGCUGAAUAUUUCAUUGCUUUUGCUCCGUCAUGUCCAUUUGGCACCGAAUCGAAAGGAAAACAAACAAGAGAGAAUUACCGCUUUCAAGAAUAAACUAUCUACCUUCCUAAUAAAGUAAUAUCAGUAGCUAGUUUGGAAUACAAUGCACGUAAUGGACCACUGAAGAAAGAACGUAAACGAAAAAAAUUAAGUAUUAUACUUAAGUUUACACUGAUUUGAAAAAUGAGCAAAAUUAAAAGGUCCACCGCAAAAAAUUUUUCCGGUAGAAGUAUGAUUUGGACCGCGAAAAAAUUAGACCAGAGGUC